GGAUCUAAGACAGAGUAAGGAAAAUGCAGUCCGACAGUUGUUCAAUUGCAACGAACUGUUCUCUGUUACUACUUCUGGUCAAGAUAACUGUUCAGAGGCCGGUUCCGAUCUACUGCCACUCAGUGACUCUGAUCAGGGAUCCAUUUUGCACGCUUCCGAUGUUGAAUCUACAGAAGUUUUGGAUGCAAGUUCUGGUGAUGAUAGUGUCCUAUUGGCAUCAGAUGCGGAAGAUGCCAAACCACCCAAGAGAACCUAUCAAAAACGGAGACCUGGAAUUCACCUGCUGGGGAAGGAGGUUUGUGUCCAUGCGUUACAAUCUUUGCUGGGAAUAGGAAGCUCUACCAUCCAAAAAAUUAGAUCUGGGCUGUCAGCAUUCACGGACAAGAGACGGGAGAAAGCACCAAAGCACCCAACUUUGGGUGUCACUAUGGGUGAUGGCAGUGCUUCUACCAUGUGGAGUGGGGUCCUCAUGUUCCUUUGGCAGACUUACCAUUCCACUGCUGAAGUAAUGCCAACUGACUUCAAGAUGCCAAGGGACCAAGAGGUACCAGUACCCGAGAAGAAAGAUCCCGACUUUGAGAUGCGUAUGGUGAACCACUUCCUACUCAGUUUGCAAACAUAUGGUUCCGACCCCGAAGUACACCUUAUAGGUCCAGGUACUUUUGCGGGGCCAUGUCGGUGGUUGCAGGCUUCAUCCAGAACGGAGCUUUACUGGGAAUACUAUGCAUCAUGUUUGGCAAAGGAUCAAAAAGCUGCCAGUUGCGGUACCUUUCUGCGGGUGGCCAAUGCCAUUUUAAGACCGGGAAUGCGGGGGGGGCACUUGAAAUUCCGUGGUGUGAAUCAGCAUGGCAAAUGCAACCUUUGCUAUGAGCUAAAGCUUAAGAUCAAGACUGUCCGGGCACAUGCACAACGCCAAGAGGCAUACCGACUAUACAGUCAUCAUCUUUUGUCACAGUGGUUGGACCGACAACAAUACUGGAGCUACAGGUCCAUGUCACAAACUUGGGUCAAGACUAUGCUGGACAUGGGUCACAAGAUGUUGACUACAUCGGUAGCAUCCAAUACCCUUUGCAUCAACAUAGACGGAAUGGAUCAGAGCAAAUUCCGAGUACCCCGUGUUGGUAGGAUUUCUCAACCGAAAAUGCUGCAAGCAUUGUUUCGACCAACAUUGCAUGUCACAGGGUCUUGGGCCCAUGGCCACCGUCUUAGCCUGUGGGUGAGUGAUGAAGACUUGAGAAAGGAUUCAACUACUCAACAAGAAGUUCUCAGCCGAACUCUGACCGAUGUGUACCAACGUUUUGGUUCACUUCCUAUGGGGUGUUGCUUACAGCAAGACAACUGCUACAGAGAGGGAAAAAACCGGCACAUAGUAUCCCACAUGGUUCUUUUAGUGGCUCUGCGAUGCUUUCGCUUCUGCGUUUGCAACUUUUUGCGAACAGGACACAGUCAUGAAGAUUUGGAUCAAGCUUUCUCUCAACAAGCAGCUUUGAUUUGCCGGCACACCUUUGAUACCCCUGAACAAGUGGUUGAGAUAUUGGAUUCAUGUUGUCGUCCUUCGGAUCCGGGUGAGCAGCAGCGGAAACGGCACAAGACGCACACAGUUGAAGCCUUCUCUCAAAAGCUGGAUGAGGUGGCGGAGUGGAAAGAUUGGGCGGCAGUUACAGGGCUUUGGGUGAAAGGGCUACGAGUGCAUCCUUCUUGGGAGCCACCGGAUCGAUUCAAACAUGUGGAUUUGACUUACAUCAGCAAUGAUGCUGAACAAGAAGAUGAGGGACCAUCCGAUGACGAACCGCAGGCACCAAUUGACAUGACCUCCAAGGACUCCAAAGCUGCUUUGGAAGAAUCAGUUUUCCUGGCUAGUGACGAAGAAGAUCGAACUGAGCAAGUUGAGAACCAGCAGGAAGACUCCGAAUGUGAAACCAUGCCAGCUUCUGACAACGACAUGCCAGAACCGGAAGCCCCAGCUUGCAACGCUAUCCAUGAAUACUUGAAGAUCGGCACCAUCAAGCAACAGCUGGAGACUGUAAAUGGUCGUCUUUCAAAGAAUUUCGAGACAAAGUUCAUGUGCGAGCGGGAGAAGUGGAAAGCACAAUGGCUCAGCCAAGCUUUUGGUCCUAUCAUGAUCUUCGAUGACAUGAAAUGCUUGGGAUCGGGCCGUGGGAAGGAUGCCGCAAAGGUGAAUGGCAUUCACAAAACGCUGCAAGAGAAAGGCAUGGACAUCACAGCCCGGGAACUGUCUAUCCUGGCAGUGGCCACCAUCAUCCUUCAGCAAAGGGGCAUUGAUCCAUUCAGCGAGACAAUCAUCAUCCAAGUGGACCAGAACUACACGAGGAAUACCUUCGUUCGAUCGGAUCCUUCGUUGUGCCCAUGCAUCAUCCCGAACGGAAAAUACAUCAUCUCAUGCCAGUGGAGGCUACUCAGUGGGCAGGAGAAGCUCAAGAUGCAGGGGGUUGGCAUGGAUGACAUCAUCAAAUACAAGCUCAACACCUUGAGUGAGAAGCAACAAUCUGAUCUGGCCGGUAACUCGUUUACCACUGGGGUGUGUGCGGCGGCGCUGCUUUCAGUUCUGAGCUGCUGGAAUCCCUCCAAACGAGCUGGAGCGUAG